UGAAAGAAAAAGAUAGAGUAGUUUAUUGCGGGUGUGCAUAAUUUUUUCUCGAGAAAAUUGCCAAGAAAGUUUUUCCCUCCUUUCCUUCGGAAAAUGGUUCGAUUUCCGCUGCUUUCAGUCAUCUCCUUGUUGUCAAACUAUUCGAUUAUAAUAUACGAAUCCUCAAGCCCGUCGAUCAACCCAUCUAAAGUCAAGCAGGUUUCAUGGAGCCCCAGAGCUUUUGUGUACGAGGGUUUUCUGACAGACCAAGAGUGCAAUCAUUUGAUAUCUCUUGCAAAAUCAGAGCUGAAAAGAUCAGCCGUUACUGAUAAUGAGUCUGGAGAGGGCAAGCUCAGCAAGGUUCAAACAAGCUCUGAGAUGUUCAUCCCUAAGGGAAAGGAUCCUAUCGUUGCUGGCAUAGAGGACAAGAUUGCAUUGUGGACCUUCUUACCUGAAGAAAAUGGGGAAGACAUGCAAGUUUUGAGAUAUGAGCAAGGCCAGAGAUACGAUCCAUACUAUGAUUAUUUCGUUGACGAGAUAAAUAUUGCAGAGGGUGGACAUCGCAUAGCGACUGUGCUUUUGUAUCUUAGCAACGUGGCAAAAGGUGGCGAAACAGUGUUCCCUGCGGCAGAGAAGUCCCCUCACCACAUAUCUUCUACAUCAGAUGAUGAUUUGUCCGGGUGUGCAAAGAAAGGUAUUUCGGUGAAACCACGAAAAGGCGAUGCACUCCUUUUCUUCAGUCUUUACCCAAAUGCCAUUCCGGAUCCUAGCAGUGUCCUUGGAGGAUGCCCGGUAAUUGAAGGUGAGAAGUGGUUGGCUACAAAGUGGAUCCACGACAAGACUCUGGGUUCCGCCGGUGAUGAUUGCAUAGAUGAGAAUGAGAAUUGUGAGAGAUGGGCUGCUUCGGGAGAGUGCUCCAGGUAUCCAGAGUACAUGGUGGGAACUCCAAAAAGUCCAGGAUACUGUAGGAGGAGCUGUCAGUUAUGUUAAUCUCUGCUUUCGAGGUACCAAAUGGGGGGGGGGGGAGAACAAAAAGGUUUGGUUAUUCCAUGGUUUAUUGGUAAAACAAACUUCGCUUCUCUCAUAACACAUACUUUUAUUCAGUUUGAGAUGUUACUGGUCAUUGCUGCAACGUGGAUAUUGAGAUGGUACAGUCAGAGGUUUAUGGCAAUGAAACUUGGAUACAGAGGGGCUUUUAUCUUUGUUAGGGGAAGUUGCCGCAUUUUUACUAGCUACUUCCUAUUUUCAUUGUUGUUAAGAGGAAAGACGAGUCUCAUGUUUUCAUUGUAAAAAUCUUGGAAUCAUCUGACUUCUAUUUUCAAUCGAUUUGAAUUUGUUCA